GAGAAUAUAUCCACAAUAUCAAAUAAAUAAAUGCAACAAACGAAACCUGCUGCUUUCCAUCAACAAUUCUAUCAUUCGAUUGGAAAUACUUUCAUUUAAUUGAACUUUUCAUUUCGAUCAUCAAUAAUUGCAAAAACAGUCAUAUAUCGAAUAAAAUGGCCAAAAUGUCACGAAUGAAUUGUGUAACCAUGACCAUGUUGAUUAUCAGUAUGAUUGUUGGAUAUAUGGCAGCCGAAUACAUGUCAACGGAUGAUAAUCAAGAUGAUCUUGAUUAUUAUGGUAUUAUGUUGGCAAAUUUGAUAAACAAUCGACAGCUUUUAUCACCAGAUAAACGUAGCUGCUUACGACGUGGUUCACCUUGCGAUCAUCGACCAAAUGAUUGUUGUCCACAAUCAAUAUGCCGAUGUAAUCUUUGGGGAACCAAUUGUCGAUGUCAUCGGAUGGGAUUGUUCCAGAAAAUUGGUAAAAAGUAAAAAAAUAAUCGUGUCAGCUAUCAACAAUCAACAGACACAGAAUCCAGAAUACUACACCUACUAGAACAAAAACAGACACACACACAUACAAACACUUAAGACAAUAUCGGCCAAAAUCAAUUACUCAAUCAUCAUUUUGGAAACAUCUAGAAUCACACACACACACACACACAGAAUGAAUUAAUAAUACAAGUUUUUAUACUUAAUAUAUUUCAUCAUCAAUAACAACAUCAACAACAAAAAUAAAUUCAAUCGAUCAUAAUCUAUUGAAAAUUCUAUCUAAAUUUUGGAAUCACACAUGUCCAUCAUCAGUGAUAACAUCAGAUUAUUAUAGAAUUUAUGAAUUGAACAAUAUUGGACAAUACAUAUCAUGGUGAUUAUGAUGAUGAUGAUGAUGAUUGAAAACAAUAAUAAAAUGAUGAUCCAUAUGAAUUCUGUUUCUCUUAUUGUUUGUUACCUAUCAAUCAAUCAAUCAUACAUAAACAUAAACAUAAAAAAAAUAAAAAUAAAUUCUGUCUAACAUUAAAUUUGUUUGUCUGAAUCUCAAUCAAUAAAUUUAUUUGUCUAUUUGAAACACAUAAACAUAUAUGUAUUUGAAUUUGCAUAUUCUCUCUCUCUCUAUUUCUCUACUAAUCUUUCCUAAUAUAUCAUUGUUGGUUCCCUUGAAUUUUAAUCGAUAACAACCGAAUUUUUUUUUGAAUGAUGAUGAUAAUGAUGAUGAUGAUGAUGACAAAUGAAUAAAAAGAAAAUUUUUCCGA